UAGUAGAGAACGUACUAUUACUGAACGCAACUUGCAUUAUUGUUUGGAUUACCAUUCGAUUUAUUUAUUCUCUGACAUUUGAUAUGGCGAACAAUAUGGCUUAUCAUUGUUAAAAUUUUACUAAGCAAACUUUCCAUUAAAAGAUUCUAAUGUUUCAGUGAUACAAUGAUUUACUUUGAAAUAAUAUUGUCAUCUUGUUCUUUUAUUAUUAGUAUGCGUACCUGAUACUUAUGAUAUUCCAUAUAGGUGAAGCGUAUCAUAUCAUGGCCUCGUCAAAUAGAAGAAUUCAAAUCGGUUCUGCUUGGUUUCAAACAAAGAUUAACCUAAGACCACAGCGCCGAGGUAUUCAUCACGUUACCGAGGAAAUCUUAAGAAGAAUUCCCGAACUCUGCGAAUUUUCAGUUGGGCUUUGUCAUAUACAAAUUCUUCACACAUCAGCAAGUUUAGCACUAAAUGAAAAUUGGGAUCCAGAUGUUAGAGAUGAUGUAGAAAUGAUGCUUAAUAAAAUAGUUCCUGAAGGUUUGGCCUAUAGACACAGUUGUGAAGGACCAGAUGAUAUGCCAGCACAUGUAAAGGCAUGUUUUCUGGGCUCUUCAUUGAGUAUUCCAAUUACUGAUGGCAAGUUGACUUUGGGUACAUGGCAAGGAAUUUGGUUGUGUGAACAUCGUAAUGAUGCUGGAAGUCGUAAAGUAGCUAUUACAUUGACUGGUUGUCUCAGGGAUCCUGCACGUAGUCCUUUGAGUCCUGUUAGUCCUAUUGCUUCUACUAGCAGCUAGGACCACUCACACCCCCAAAGACGUAGCAAACGUCAGCUGCGCAUAUCUACAUCCAGUGAUUCAAGCUAGCAGCUGCUUAUCUUUAGUCAUUUUUUAAGAGUUUAAUUCAGAAAAGAGUGUAUGGAUACUUUAAAAAUAUUUAUAGAUAUUGCAUUUUUUUAUAUCCAUUUACUAUUACAAAUUUUAAACAUUUUUUAUAAUGACAUGAUAAAAUCAUAAAAUUAUAUUUAUUAUCUUUCUUGACAUUAUUUCAUAUUUUCUUUUAUUUUUUUAUAUUCACAUAAUAUAUUUAUAAUUUAUAUUAUUUAAAUGAACAUGUCAAUAUUUAAUAUACAUUUCAUGAUUUUAUUUAGAUUAAAUUCAGUUAACAGUAACUAUCCAAAAAUGUUGUUCAUUAAAUACAUAAUGUUGUUCAGUACUUAUAAACUGCCAAGGCAAUUGUAUAUUACAAGCAUUCAGAAAUAAAUGUAAACGAAUUAUAAUACAAGUAUCCUGCACUCUUCUUUAUUACUCUUAGAAAAUUAAUGUAAUGCAUUCCAAUAUAAUGCGUCCAAUAUUCCGAAUUUAAUUACAUAGCUUUAUUUAAAUAAUUCUUUUGUAAAAAAAAGAUUAAUAAGGAAAAUGGCAUUAAUAAUUGCUCAGCUGAGAUCUUACAUGAAUUUUUAUAUGUAAGAUAAUCUCAGUUUGGGUAUGUGCAAUAUGUUAUAACUUUCUAACUCACUGCUUAUCAUAGGAUAGAUAUUUUUAAUGACGUUUCCAAUGCAUUUGGGGGUGUAUAUAGGUUACAAUCAACACUUCUUUGCUGUGCUAAUAUACUUCUGCUAGAGAUAUCUACAUAAAUUAUAAUAAUAUAAUAAUAUAUAUAAUAACAUGUGGGCAAGUCAGUAUGAAAGUAGAACAAUUAAAAAAAUCAUCAAAUUAUGCAAAUAAUGAUUUAGACUUAUUACAUUAUUAAAUAUUUACUCAUAAAAAAUAUUCUAGAAAACUUAAUUAAUAUAAUUGAAACAUGAAAUGUCAUCUAGGAAUGUAGCACUGCAAAGAGUUGUAAAAUUAUUUACAAUGUUACUGAAAUAACCAAAGCUUAUCAUGGGAGCUUGUUGACGUAUCUAAUGUACUGUUAAGCAAGCAGUCGAUGUUAGUUGUUAAUCUUUCUCAUAUAUAGCAUAAAUGGUCGUCCAUUAUGAUUAAUGAAAUAUGCUUUAAUGUGAGGUAUCCAAUGCAAUUCAUAUAAUUAAAAGCUUAAACAUUAAAAGCUCAAAAAUAACACUAUCAAAAAUUAUAAUAAAUUUUUACUAAAUUAUAAUUUUUUUGCUCGUAAAAAAGUUAUGGAACAAGUUCGUAUAUUUAAACUAUAAAUUCAAUUAUAAUUCCGUUAAUGUGCUCAAUAAGACAAAUUCUUAAAUAUGUAAAAUUUAUAAAUAUAAUGAAAAAUGAUUAUAAUAUCCAAGUUUAUAGAAAUUAAUAUUAUAUUCGCUAAUUGAUAUUUAUAGCAAUUUACUGAUAAUUAAGUCAUUUCAUAAAUUAGAUGAUUGAAAAUUCUUAUAUUUGCAAAAUAAUAGUAUAUAACAAUAAUAUAUUAUAUUUUAAAAAUUAAUCAAUUGAUAUAAUUAAUCUUUUCUUAUUAUUAAAAAAAAUAUAAUCUUUUUUUUUUAGUAAAACAAUAAUGAUUGUUUCUGAUGACAACAAUGAUUUAUUAAAAUUAAAAUAUUUAUUUUCUUUAAUUAACAUUCAAAAUUUUCAUAUUAUGUGAACUAUAUAUAUUUUGAUUAUCUCAUAAUCAUUGUUAUUCUAACAAAUUUAAAAAUUUGAUAAAUUUGUAAAUUCAAUCAUAAAAAAAUUUAAAUCAUAUAUUUAUUAUAUGCUCUGUAAAAAAAUAAAUAUCUUGUACAAGUAAUUGAAAUUAAGCUUUUACUAAGUAAAUAGCAAUUUAUAAUAUUGUUUUUCAUUUAUAUGUAUAAUUAAAUUUCUUUUCUGUUUUUUAAAAAGUUAUUUUAUAUUAUUACAAAAAAAAUGUUAAAAACUGAUGUAAUAUAAUUGUGUGUACAAUUUGCAAAUUUGUUUUAAGAUUUUUUAGUAUUUUCCUAUUUGUAUAGAAAAAAUUAAACUUAAUCAAUUUUAAUAAUAUCUAUAUUUUGUUUCAUAUAUGUUUCAUAUGUAAUGUAAUAUUAAAUAUUAAAUGACAAAUCACAUAUGUAAUAGAUGAUUUAAUGAAAAUGUUAACAAAUAUUGUUCAAAUGUAAGUUCAUGCAAAUAUUUCAUAUAUUUUCAUUUUUUAAACUAUUUUAUGAUUUAUUUAUCCAAUAAUGAAAAAUUUUAAUUUUUAAUGUUAUAAUAUUACAACAUUAUAAUUAACAUUAAAAUUUGAAUUUAAUAUUUAAAAAAAAAUUGUAUUUUAAUAUUUAAUAAAAAAUAAGACAUUUUUAUGUCUUGAUUAUGAGAUAUAAUAACAUUUAAUAUAAUUAUAAUUUUCUAAAUUAUUUCGUAAUUAAAAUUUUCUAAAUAUAUGAAAUAUUAGUUUUUAUUUAGCUGGAUAUAGUGGACCUAUAAUAACAAAUUAUAGAAAACUAAUAUAUUAGGAUUAUACAAUACAUAUUAAAUUAUAUAUUAAAAUUAAUAUUAUUAAAUGUAUAUAUAAAGUUAUUUAAGUGAAAGGAAUAGAGUGAGAACCAUAUUUAUGAGUGAGUGUAAUGAAGUUUAAAUGCAAAUAUGAUAAUUGUAUAUUAUCCCUAAAAUGUAGAAAUAGAAUUGUUUACAUAAAAUAAAUACAAUGACUUCUUAUGCA